CAGCAACAACCCAUUGCAGAUUCUCGCUUAACGCUCAAUGGAAUCCCCUACAGCACGCGCGCCUACUGGAUGCGAAAAGCCAACCAAGCACUCUCCGAUCUCGUCUCGCCCUGUCCCUUUGGAGCUUUCGGAACCGUAAUUGUCAAUCACACCGCAAACACCGGUUUGGGAGAUUUAGUGUGCAUAGGAGUCAAUUCGAUUGCUUCGACGGGGAAUCCGAUUAUGCAUGGCGAAAUCUCCGCCAUAUCAAACUGCACCCAAAUCCUCUCUUCCCCCCUCGGCCCCUACAAUUUUACUCUCACCCAAACCUCCACCGCCUUCUCCCAAUUAUCUCUCUACACCAACGCCGAAAGCUGCCCAAUGUGCGCCUCCGCCAUCCGCUGGGCAGGGUUCAAAGAAUACAUCUACGGUACAUCCAUCGAUACACUAAUAGAAAAAGGUUGGAGACAGAUUCGAAUUUCUUCGAGAGAGGUUUUUGAGAAGGCGUGGGAGGUGCAGGGGGCUGGGACGAGGUUUAUUGGUGGGGUGUUGGGGAAUGAGACGGAUGGGUUUUUUGGGUGGCAGUUUGAUCCUGAGGGGAGGUGUCCUGAGGGGUGUGGGAGG